AUGUCUUCUAAUCGUGAGCAAGUUUUUCCAACCCGUAUGACCUUAGGGUUAAUGAAAUCAAAGUUGAAAGGUGCAAAUCAAGGACAUUCGCUUUUAAAAAGAAAAUCAGAGGCACUAACCAAAAGAUUUCGUGAUAUAACAAAAAGAAUUCAUGAUGCCAAGACUACCAUGGGUCGUGUCAUGCAAACUGCUGCCUUUUCCUUGGCUGAAGUUCAAUAUGCUACAGGCAAUGACAAUAUUGCUUAUCAAGUUCAAGAAAAUGUUAGUGAUAAGGCAAGGUUUCAAGUUAAAGCCCGUCAGGAAAAUGUUAGUGGUGUCAUUUUACCACAUUUAGAACCUUUUAUAGAUGAAAGUAUCAAUGAUUUUAAAUUGACUGGUUUAGGUAAAGGUGGUAUGCAAGUUACCAAAUGUAUUAAAAUUUAUACUAAAGCUGUGGAGACAUUGGUUGAAUUAGCUUCUUUACAAACCGCAUUUAUUAUAUUAGAUGAGGUCAUUAAAGUUACCAACAGAAGAGUUAACGCAAUUGAACAUGUUAUUAUUCCUAGGACAGAGAAUACUAUCGCUUAUAUCAAUUCGGAGUUAGAUGAGUUGGAUAGAGAAGAAUUUUAUCGUUUGAAAAAAGUCCAAGAAAAAAAACAACAAAAAACAAAAGAAUUAGAUGAAGAGAUGAGAAGAUCACACUUGGAUCAUGAAAAGGAAAAGGAAGCAUUGGAAGAAGAAAUAAAAGAAGAUAAAGAAAAGGCAAAAGAAGGAAAAUCUGUUGAAGCAUCUGCUGGAGAUAAGAAAGGAGCGGUCAAAAAUGAUGGUAAGCCAUUGAUUUCUGAACAAGAGGAUGAUGUUAUUUUUUAG